AUGAUUCGAUUGCUUUUACUGGUCUCCAUCCUGGAAGGAGCGCUCUCUCAGCUCCGCUACUCAGUGGCAGAGGAGCAGGAACCCGGGACUGUGGUCGGGAAUAUCGCGGAGGAUUUGGGGCUGGACAUUACUAAACUUUCCGCUCGCCGCUUCCAGACAGUGCCUAGUUCACGGACACCUUACCUGGAAAUGAAUUUAGAAAACGGCGCGCUUGUGGUGAGAGAAAAAAUUGACCGGGAAGAAAUCUGCAAGCAGACCAUCCCGUGCCUAUUGCACCUGGAGGUGUUUUUGGAGAAUCCAUUAGAACUGUUUCGCGUCGAGAUUGAAGUGAUGGAUAUCAACGACAACCCACCCAGUUUUCCCGAAGCUGACAUUUCAGUGGAGAUAUCCGAGAGCGCCAUCCCCGGGACGCGCUUCCCAGUGGAGAACGCAUUCGACCCGGACGUGGGCGCGAACGCUCUCAGCACAUACGCCAUCACCAAUAAUAACAAUUUCUACCUGGACGUGCAGACUCAAAGUGACGGGAACAAGUUUGCGGAGUUAGUGCUGGAGAAGCCUCUGGACAGGGAGCAGCAAGCUGUGCAUCGCUACGUGCUCACGGCUGUGGACGGAGGCAACCCGCAGCGCACCGGAACCGCCCUCCUGGUCGUUAAAGUUCUCGACUCAAACGACAACGCGCCCACUUUUGACCAGUCCGUCUACACAGUUAGCUUACAGGAGAAUUCCCCCGUGGGCACCCAAGUUAUUCAACUCAACGCUACUGAUGUUGACGAGGGGCAAAACGGGGAAAUUAUUUAUUCGUUCAGCAACCACAAUACCCCGCGGAUUAAAGAUUUAUUCAGCAUCGAUGCCAGAACAGGCAGGAUCGAAGUGGCCGGUGAGGUGGACUAUGAGGAGAGCAACACACACCAGAUUUAUGUGCAGGCUAAAGAUUUGGGGGCUAACGCUGUCCCCGCUCAUUGUAAAGUGCUCGUGAAACUCGUGGAUGUGAAUGAUAACACUCCAGAAAUUGGCUUCAGCACUGUGACUGAGUCUGUGAGCGAGCAGGAUGCACCUGGCACCGUGAUCGCACUUUUCAGCGUAUCGGAUCGGGACUCAGGUGAGAAUGGUCUGAUGAGCUGUGAGAUCCUCGGAGAUGUUCCUUUUAAGCUCAAGUCGUCUUUUAAAAACUAUUACACAAUCGUGACGGACGGCCCUCUGGACAGAGAGAUCACAGAGUCAUAUACUAUCACAGUGGUGGCAAAAGAUAAAGGCCAGCCCGCUCUUGCCACCAGUAAGUCCAUUAAAGUUCACGUCUCUGACGAGAAUGACAACGCGCCCCGUUUUACACAGGUGGUAUAUGAAGUGUAUGUGACAGAGAAUAAUGUGCCUGGAGCUUUCAUACACGCUGUGAGCGCGUUAGACCCUGAUAUUGGUCAGAAUGCUCUCAUCACUUACUCCAUAUUGGAGUGUGACAUACAGAGCAUGUCUGUGGACACUUACGUUUCCAUAAAUCAGGACACUGGUUACCUUUACGCACUGCGCUCUUUUGAUUAUGAACAGCUCAAAGAGUUCAGCUUCAUGGUCCAGGCAAAGGACUCCGGAACACCUGAGCUCUUCUCUAAUGCGACUGUGAACGUCAUAAUAGUGGACCAAAAUGACAAUGCCCCAACUGUCAUAGCCCCCAUUGGUAAAAAUGGCACCGCUAAAGAGCCCCUGCCACGUUCUGCUGAGCCUGGCUACCUUGUGACACGUGUCGUGGCGAUGGAUGCAGAUGAUGGCGAGAACGCUCGAGUGACCUACAGCAUCUUGCGGGGCAACGAACUGGGCACAUUUCGUAUGGACUGGAGGACAGGAGAGCUGAGGACCGCACGUCGGGUCUCUCACAAACGGGACUCUCAGGGCCAUUAUGACCUGCUAAUAGAAGUAAGGGACAACGGGCAGCCCCCCUUAUCAUCGUCAGCAAGCGUGAGCGUGAUAUUAGUGGACAGUGUGGUCGAAGGUCGCAGUGGGGAUCGUGGCACUGCCUCCAAGGCGAAGGAGACCUCUCUUGACCUGACACUCAUUCUGAUUAUAGCUCUUGGCUCCGUGUCUUUCGUUUUUCUGUUGGCUAUGAUUGUCUUAGCCGUACGUUGUCAAAAGGACAAGAAACUAAACCUGUACACUUGCCUGUUGGCUGGCGACUGCUGCAUGUGUUGCGGCUCCUGUUGCAGCAGGCACGCUCGAGGCCGCAAGCAGAAGAAAUUGAGUAAGUCCGACAUCAUGUUGGUCCAGAGUACCAAUGUGACAUCAGGUGUUGGGCCUGUGGGGCAGGUACCUGUGGAGGAGUCGGGAGUGGGGAGUGUGGGAGGAGGAUUUGGCUCCCACCACCACCAGAACCAGAACUCCUACUGCUACCAAGUUUGUCUGACACCAGAGUCUGCCAAAACUGAUCUGAUGUUCCUAAAACCAUGCAGUCCCUCACGAAGUAAUGAUACGGAUCACACCAACCCGUGUGGCGCCUUAGUUACUGGUUACAGCGACCAACAACCGGACAUCAUAUCCAACGGCAGCAUUCUUUCCAGUGAGAAUAAACAUCAACGUGCGGAACUCAGCUACCUAGUGGACAGACCAAGACGUGUUAACAGUUCAGCCUUCCAAGAAGCAGAUAUCGUCAGCUCUAAAGACAGUGGUCAUGGUGAUAGUGAGCAAGGCGACAGUGACCACGAUGCCACGAACCGUGGACAUUCUGCCGGUGCUGAUCUGUUCUCCAACUGCACAGAGGAGUGCAAAGCCCUGGGCCACUCUGACCGCUGCUGGAUGCCAUCCUUCGUCCCGUCUGAUGGACGCCAGGGGCCAGACUACCGCAGCAACCUCCAUGUUCCCGGAAUGGAUGCUACACUGCCAGACACUGAGGUACCCUCCUCUGUCAACCUCUCCGACCAAGUCGCCCUGACAUCGUCCACCACUUCGUCCAACGAUAGGUCAUUCUUCACCUUUGGCAAGGAUGGUCAAAGGUCACAGUCACACAACAGCCUUCACCAUCACCUUCAUCCGCAACAGCAACAGUACAGCUCCAGCACUCUAGAGAGGAAAGAGUAUGAUAGGGGGACCCUUCCGUACAAAUCCACUUUUCUCUGUGAGUAUCAGUAUGAGAAAUCCCUAGGACCCUUUGACUUUGGUCUGGUCCAGUACAGAUACUAG